AUUACAAAUAAACAUGGCUGACGUUGGAGAUGAGCUUUUAGAUGGGGAUUUAGAUGAAAGUGCAUUUGACGAUUUAGAUGGGGAGCAAGAAGAUGCUUUGCUAGCAGACGAUGACUUUGAAUCUUAUGAGAAUUCACAAGUAAUUUAUAGAGAAUCUGCCCAUUCGAGUGACAGUCGCAGACAGGUUUACCAAGUUAUUGACCAAGUUCAUGACGGUGAUGAAAUCCUCGAAGACGGAGUGGAAGAUGAUGUUCUUGACAUUGCUGUUGUUGAUGAACUGGACGAAGCCGAGUUGGACAGCCAAGGAACUGACCAGGGAUGGACGGAUAGUUCUUCAAGAACUAAUGAAGACAGUGGUAAAGACAGCAGUGACACUGUGGGUGUCUCCUCCUCUACACAUAUCCUGGUCGGUAGAGGGGGUGGGGAGAGUGAUGAGGAAGACACAGAGGGAAGAGGCAGUCGCUUCCGUUCUGAGAGAACCAAUGUGAUAUCUCUCAAGGGAGCCAUUGGCAGCAAAAACCUCAAGGACAUUCCUGACAGUCUAGACCAGGUAAAGACUUCUAUGAACAAUGGUGGGGGUAUGCAGUAUCGAGGACGAGGUCCUCGUGGUGGUAUGAGGGGCAGGUUGGGGCCCCGAGUUGGUAUGAUGGGUCGCGGGGGACCAAGACAUCGUCCUCCCAUGAUGCAUCAGCCUCAGAUGCCCCCACCAGGCCACAAGAUACACUUGAACCCACACUUCCGUGGAGGGAUGCACCAAGGUCCUAAUGUGUGGGACAAUGACAGACUCCCUCCUCCUCCAGGCUGUGAAAACUUCCCUCCACCUCAGGACAUGGGAUGGAGGGGACCUGUGCCACCUCACUACAUGGGUAGGCCACCACACCCCCCUCAUCCCCACCAUCACCCACACCAAGGGCCACGUGGGCCGUUCCCUGGACCUCAAGGAUUUCCACCUCACCACCCUCCUCAGGGCUUCGAGGAGCCAUUCCGCCAGAUGGACCAUCACCAACAGAGUCCGCCUAACCGUAUUGUACAGUUCAACGAGAACUCCCAGCUCAUUACAGUGGAGAACCAGCACUUCCAGCGACCGGGAUACGACCAGAACUUCGGCCCUCCCCCUAACCAGUAUCAACCUCCCCCUCCUCCUCAGUUCAACAACAACAUGUAUCCUCCUCAGUACAACCCACCCCUGAGGCCAAACUUUCCCCCGAAUCCUUAUCCUGGUCCAAAUCCUAACCCUAAUCCAAAUUAUGGUGGAUAUCCUCCACCGGAAUAUCAGCAGAACCCGCCGUACCAAAAUGAGUAUGACAAUUGGAACUCACAACAACCUGGGGAGUUUUACCCCCCAGGACCCCAAGGUCCAUCUCCGCCCUUUAAUCCGCCCCAGCCUCAAUUCCGACAUCCACAACCCUCAUUCCCCAACCAACCGCCAAAUUUCAGGCCUCCGCCCCAAAAACCGUUUCAAAAUAAUCCUAAAGUUUCUGUGAUGAAAAGGCUGGCGCCGAGGCUACCGCCCAUCAAUGUGGCCCCGACUAAACAAAUGAGGUUUGAUCAUAAUAAGCCUGCAGUCAACACUAGGAGUAAUUUACAAGAGAUCAAGACUAUAGACACCCUACCUGACACGACGACCAAACAAGAUAAUGAGCCUGAUGUGGAAGAAGAUGAAGAAACGAAACAGUAUCGUAUGAAAAUUGCAGAACAGAAAGCGUUGAGGGAAAAAAUUUUGAGGGAAAAGGAAGCUCGGAGGUUAGCUGCUGCGUUGGAGAAACAAAAAAAUCAAAGUCAUAUUGAUAAUAAUUCAAAUUCUGGUCCUACAACAGUUCCUGUACAACAGAUGGUUGUGAAUCCGGUUCAAGUGCAACAAAAGGUUAUUGUACAACAGCCAGUUCAGCGAGUGCAACCCCAACAGCGGGUCGGAGCUGUGUCCCAAGUGCGGGGAGCGGGCCAAAUGCGGGGGGUGGGCCAAGUGCGGGGAGCGGGCCAAAUGCGGGGGGUGGGCCGAGGUAGGGGAUCUGUGAACAAGGUGCUACAAAAUUCCAGAGGCAAACAAAUGAAGGCCCCGGUCAACCAGGCCAAACCUAACUUGCCUCAGGUCCAGAUACAAAAUAUACAGGGAACUGUAUAUAAAAUUGUAAAAGUACGAACCAAAGAGGGUUCCAUUGUUACCAGAAAGACACCCAUUGCUAUAACACAAGGAGGAGUCACCACAUCUUUGACGAAGACUGUCACCAAUCCAUCAUCAACUGGCGUCACAGUCAAUUCUAAUAGAAAAGUUCUCCUGAACGUCAAUAACCAGGGUAAGACCGGCACCACGUCGAUUCUGCGAGGUACCACUGUUCCAAGGCUUGUAGCUACCAAGAAUGCUCAAGGACGAACGUUGUUUACUGUUCAGACAACUCCGUUUGCCACUAUGCCAAAAACGACACCACAGCGCCUGGUAAUAGACAACAGAACAACCAAUCCUGUGAAGGUGGCCAAACCUGAGCUGCCUGACUCUCAUCUAGUCACUAUAGAUAACCUGUCCCUCAGUACCACACAAGCCAACAUACAGAAGAUGGCCAAACAAGUAGGCACAGUUACAUCCUUCUCUUAUGAACCUGACAAGAAGAAAGCUACUCUAAGGUUCGAAAAAGUCCAAGAGGCAAAAGAGUUCCAUAACAAGUUCAACCGUAAAAUGGUUGAUCUCUCGAGAAUUAUGGUCACAGUAGUACCAGAGUAAUGGGGCUCUGGCUAGGC